AUGUGGGCCUUGGGCGCGUGGGCGUACAGCGCGGCGUGGUGCAGCCUUCCCUUCCUCGGCUGGAACCAGUACGUCCUUGAGGGAUUCCUUACAAGCUGCACCUUCGACUACCUGAGCGGCGACGCGUGGAGUCGGUCCUACGUCGUGUCCCUGUUCCUGGCGGCCUACCUCGUCCCCCUCGCCGUCAUCGCCUGCUGCUACGUCCACAUCGUAGUCUCCGUGAAUCGCCACGACGAGGACAUCCUCAACCACGAGCGGGCGCAGGGAGAGGUCCACGACGGUGGCGGCUGUUGCCCCGAGCGGAUGCCCUUCCUCUUAAUCCCUGGAGCCGGAUUCGAACCACCCUCAUGGGCCGCGACCGCGCGCGUUACCGCUGCACCGCGGCAGCCGCCAAAAAUCUUUCGUGACGAAAAUCAUGUGGCUUAUCCUGUCGUCACAGAUGUAGCUGCGUAUUUCCACGCAAGGUUUCAUCCUCUCGUCCUCGACGUCGCAGGAACAUAUCUCCCAGUCACCAACGUCUCGGAAGUUCAACGGAGUAUUCUCUCGUCACCGACGUUGCGUGAGCUUAUCUUCACGUUACCGACGUCUCAGCGGCAUAUUCUCUCGUCACCGACGUCGCAUGGGCUUUGCUUCACGUCACCAACAUCUUAG